AUGCGCAGUUCUUGUUUUUGUUGUUGUUCCUAUUCGGCUGCUGUGGCGCUGCAGUGCGUAUUACUUUUUCUCUGUUCCGUUUUUCUUUUUGCGUUUGGAGCGUCCGCGUCGCGCUGACGCGUUGUAAGCGAUUUGAAAGGUGGCGGAGCACUGGCGCUCUGCCGCCGAUUGGAACAGCUGAGAGAGCCGAAUGGUGCCGAGGAGCGCCGAACCGGACCCGAUGCGCCCGCACUACCACCACUACCACUAUAUGACUACGUGUGUGUGCGUUGUAAACGCUCUUACAUUCCGCGGCCGAAUUUUUUUUCGGACUUUUCCCUUGUUUUUCUUUUGGGCCAGUUCAGUUUGGCUGUGCGGUUUGGGCCAACACUUGUCGCCUCUUGGCCAUUAUGCAACGACAGCGAAACGAAGGGGCUCACGCGGCUCACGAAGUGGCCAAGCUGCUCUCUGAUUGGUCGGCCGACGGCGCCACGAGGCGACCCGAAGUGCGGCCUCUCUCCCGCUCGGUCUCUCACUCUCUCUCCUCUCGCAUGGGGGAGCAAGAGGAGGAAAAGCCAAAACACUCGAACAAUCCAGAAGCCGAGUUUUCCGACUAACACAUACCCGUUAAUCUGUUUUGUUUUUUCUAAUUUUAUCAAAUUAUUAUACUUCUUAAUUUAAGAGUAAUAUAAUACUUUG